UUGAGGUCAUGUUCAGGUCACGUUCACGUUUUCACGGAAAUAAACAAACUACGCGUUAAAAUUGAAUGACCGUUUAAAGUUCGUAUUGUUUUUGCAUAAAGCUUCAGCAAGUAAUUCAGUAUUUUUGCUAAAGAGAGGUUUCGAGGUUGACCCAUACAGCUCUACAGAAAGAGUCUCCCCAGUCUAAGCCAUACAUUCGGAAAAAAUUGCACCCGUUGAAAGAUUUUUCAGACAUGACUCCAAAAUCUUUAUUCCACCUGACAAUAACAGUUUAGUCUUAUUUAAAAAAAGGAUUCCAUUAAGGUUCCAUAAAUUACUGGGAUGAAAAUUUCAAUAUUGAAAUUGAAUUUUGCUUCAUAUAUUCAGUCCAACACUUAUAUUUAAAAUUUUAUGUUAGGUACUAUUACAAAAGAAACAAAUCUUAUGAGUUUUCCCAUAUUAAUUUAAAAUUACAAUUACACCCUUGCGCACCAACGCAGUCACGGCUACGCGACGAGAAUCCAUGACCAGUGAUACUUAAAGGUUUCCAUAGAUUUUCCAAAACUACUAUUGGUUCAAAACAAGAUGGAUAGUCAAACCGAUACACAGCAAUACAGCAUCCACCCCAGUGUGCUCUUUCUUCUGGGUACGUUGCUUCUGACGUCAUGCGCUACCGCCAUGUUGUGUGCCGCGAUCAUGACAGAUCACUGGGAGUAUGUCACGUGGAACCAGACCAAGGUCGUCGAGAUCGCUCAGACUGUCAGGCGCAACUUCAGUUCUCCUCAUCGACAGAUCGCGGUCGAGUGGUACUUGGACGACUAUGUGACCCGUAUCGCUAUCAGAGACCUUCGCAAGAGACACAGACUUGCGGAAGGUCUGCGCAACCCCGGACUUCUCACAGAGGCUGACGUAGCUGCCGUCUUCCUCGUGCCCAUGAACGGAGGAAUCUGGACCCUCUGUGUCUCCCUGACCCGUGAGUGCUAUACAUUUAAUCACUUUGAACCUCUGGAUCGAUUUGCUACCACAUGA